AUGAGUGCUUAUCGAACGCGAUUAGAAGCUUCUGUUGAAACUAUCAGGUGGCUUUUACUCCAAGGGUUGCCUUUUCGUGGUCAUGAUGAAAAAGAAAGUUCAUUGAGUAGAGGUAAUUUUGUUUCAUUACUUACUCUUCUUUCACAACAUGAUCCUGAGUAUUCCAAAGUUGUUUUCAAAUUGGCACCUGGCAAUUGUCAACUCACUUCUCCUGUUGUCCAAAAAGAUAUCAUUAAUGCUUGUGCAAAAGAGACAACGAAAGCAAUACUUGAAGAUAUGAAUGGUGGUUUUUUUGCUAUUCUAGCUGAUGAGUCCGCCGAUAUUUCUGAUAAGGAACAAAUGGCUCUUUGCUUGAGAUAUGUUAAUAAAAAGGGAGAAGUAUGUGAGCGUCUUCUUGGUGUUGUGCAUGUUCCCAAUACACUUCUUUAA